AUGUUGACAGAGAAUUCACCGUUUGCUGAUGCCGCCUCUAUCGACCGCCACUUGGGGAAUAUGGCUAAACUGAAUGAAAUCCAAAGCAAAAUCUUUGGAAUAAGGCCUACUUCCCGAGACCAACUACCAUUCGAAGAGGAGCCGGCAAAGCCUGAUCAGUUACCGUAUCUUUUCGAAGGAGACAUCGUACUGACUGAUGAACAAAUGGAAACUAUUUUGAGGCCUUUACAAUUUCUUCAUAGGAACACCGAGGAACAACUAUUGAGCAAAAAUGGAGGGAUCAGAGAACGUCGCUCUUUGACCUCAGACCUUUAUGGCCGUUGGCAAACGUUUCCUAUUCCGUACUACAUCAACACUGGAUCGGGAGUUAGCGAGUCAGCAGUGUUAGCAGGAGUGAAGGUGUGGGAAACCGAAACAUGCUUGUCGUUCAGAAGGCAGCCUAGUAGAACACGAGGAAACGGUCUAGAGUUUUUUCUGGGAAACGGCUGCUUUUCGAUGGUCGGUCGCGUUGGCUUCACCUUUCAGCAGGUCUCCAUCGGAUUUGGUUGCACAUCUCUUGGCAUCGUAGCACACGAAAUCGGUACGCCAAUCAGCGUUCCAGUUCAGUUUGACGGACACGCUCUUGGGUUCUAUCAUGAACAAUCCCGCUACGAUCGUGACAAGUAUGUGAGAAUGCUUACUGGAAACAUCCAGAACGGCUAUGUCGCUCAAUUUACUAGGCAGUCAAGAAGAAGCAUGGAAGACUACGGCGUCGGUUAUGACUACGGUUCCGUCAUGCACUACGGCCAAUUUAGUUUCUCACAAAAUGGCCUCCCUACGAUCAACACUAUCGACACCGACUACCAGCAGACUAUUGGACAACGUGGUGGUCCGUCGUUCAUGGAUGUGAAACGGAUCAAUUUGGCUUACUGCAAUGGCACGUGUUCCAACACGCUUCCUUGUUUGCACGGGGGAUACACCGACCCAAAGAACUGUGCGAGUUGUCGAUGUCCUACUGGAUUCGCUGGAGUGGUAUGCGACCAAGCGGCACCGAACCCUGGUGUGUGUGGUGUAGGCGGUCGUAAUGCUACUUCAUCACUACAGUCAAUAUCUGUUAGUGGAGCUGUCAGCUGUUCAUUUGUUAUCAAGGCGAUAAUUGAUGCUUAUACUAUUACAUGGAUUAAAGAUACAGUUCACUGUUUAAAUUUUACACUUUUUAAUUGUAAGUUACGAGCCCAUAGUCCACCUAUUUUUAGGUUUUGCCGAUCGCGCCCGAAAAACUCAGUCUCAGAAACUAACAUUCUAGUGGUGCUCUAUAGGGGAUCGUCGAAUACCGCGUUCACUUUGAGCUAUCGCUAUGGUGUGGUUAUUUACUUUCUAGGGUUUACUCUGUGA